CGCGUUUCCUGUUGCUGCUGCACGUUGCGUCGCCGUCAGGCUAACAAACCUCCGCUGAGCCGAGAAGAAACACAGGAGAAAAAAACACAAACAUGCCGAAAGCUAAGCAGUCCAGCAAGAGGAAGAAGUUCGAUUACAACCAGGACCGGAAGAAGCUGAAGAAGAAGUUCAACAAGAAAAACAAUCCGAGGAUAGAAAACGCACAGAUUCGAAAUGCGUGGGACGACAGGAAGUCCAUGUCCCGGAACCUGCAGGAGAUGGGUCUGACCUUCGACCCGAACCGAACUCUGCCAAUAAAGAAACAGAGGCUCGUCGGUGAAGACAAAGGGACUAAAGCUCCCGUCCCCAUCGUGACCAAGCCCUACGUCCUCAGCCAACUGGAGGAGGAGGCCAGUCGUCCAGAGAAAGACUCCAAGACGUUGUCCUCCGACCUGAUCGAGUACGUGCAGUACAUGAUCCGAGAACACAAAGACAACUACAAGGCAAUGGCCAGAGAUGAGAAGAACUACUACCAGGACACACCCAAACAGAUCAAGAGGAAGAUCAACGAGUACAAGCGCUGCCACCCGCAGCACUACGACGCCUUCAUCAGCUCGUUAGCUGUUCCAGAGCCUAUGGUCCAGUAGAGGGAUUGUAGACCCUGUUCUGGACUUGAUAUGACUCUCUGUAUCCGGAUGAGAUGGAUCUCAUUCUGGAGAGACUGGAGACGGUCAGACUGAAGACAGGACAUUCAGACUGUGACAGUUUACAGAAGGGGGACGACAGAAAAAUGACAAACCUGCAGUGAGAGGACAGACUUUUUCUGUGCAGUCCUGUCCUCCACAUCAAGAUUUCGUGUUUUGUUUUUUUUAGUUUUUCUGUGUCUGUGUUAUAAAUUUAAUUUGUCCUUAUAAUACAAAAGUCACAGGACAGG